AUGAAUAAAGGAGUGUCCAAUAAAAACGGAAUAGUGAGUAGCAAUGAAUCUUACGCUAAAAGCGCUUUUACCUUAACGUUUGUUAUAGAAAUACUCGGCCUGGAUAUUUGGCAUGACUGCAAUGAAGGCUGGUUAGAUUUGGGGACAUGCUACCAGGGGAUAAAGAUACAAUAUCAAUUAUAUCCAGGGCAGAGUUAUGAUGUUGAUGUUUUGAUUUGGCCUCAUGUAGUUAAGAUUUGGUGUGGAAUGCAGUACGGCUGGGUUCGAACGUGGCAAUUUUUAGAGAGACGUUGGUUUGCCUUUACCAUACGCCAUGCCUUCCCAGUCAGAGUUACGGAUUUUCAGAACUUCGUAGCUACAGUGACCCCUACGUUCGGUUUCGGCGCGCUCAGUGCAAAUGCCAAAAAUGACAAAAAUGUGGAAGUAUAUCUGCCUGAAUUGAAGUUUGGUGAGCGAAGAUAUUUUGGUGAUGUCAUUGAAAAAGAAGAAAGUGUAGAUGCGUUUAUUCAACAUAUUAUAUGGAGCUCGGUGAAUGAAUUUAUACCGCAGUCUUAUUUGGAUGGAGUGUUUGAUUGCCCCCAAACCGUGUCAGAUAUCAGACAUCAAGAUGCUGCUAUUUCUAAGGUUCAAGAAACAAUUCUAAGUAGAAUUAUGUCUGAGGAAGAAAUUGAACCUGAACCUGAGGAAGCGUUCAAGUCAAGAGACAGACGAGAAUCUAAAUUUCCGAAGGACAAGAAGAAGAUUCUCGAAGCGCCGAAAUUAAAGUUUGAAAUUAACCUUUCUGGUGACGUUAUAUUGGCUGGAGUUGGGAGGAUAACACAAUUUAAUACCAUCGGCGAUCGACCAGCAGAACUUGGGGAGAUGAUAGUUUUAAUAAGUAGUAACAACCUUCCUGCUUCUGAUGAUUUACCGAUUAUAUUCGUGAACGUAGAAACAUUGAGCGACAUUCCUGUGGAAGAAUUAAAAAAAGCCAGGAUAUCUCAAUUAUAUACACGAUGGAAAAUUGCGCACGAAGUACACGAUUCCGACGUACAACAAAUUAAAACUAAGAAACAAAUUAAUUUUAACGACCGCCAUGCAAUCCCGUUGGAACAUUGCAUAGCACCACAUGUGACGUCAUCAUUUUUGGAUAAUCCAUUUGAAAUCGAGUUACGAGGUAUACUUCAAGCUUCUAACAGCAGUGACAAUAUAAAAUUUUUCAAUCAAGGUACUGUUUCAAAAAUGCCAAUCAACGAUAUACAUGAUGCUUCUAUUGCAAUUACUAAAAUCGAUGCAAGUGCCUUGUCUAAAGGUAUUAAUCGAUUGGUACGCGGAGAAUUUUCGUUAUUCCCUCUCGACAGAAGGGUAAUUAACCUAGAACGAGAAGGUAUCUGCACAAAUGAUAUAAAUGGAAUCCGAAAGCCUUUGAAGCCUGAUAUAAUAGUUCAGCCCUCCAUCAUUUUACAAGCACAAAUGACAUUAGAGGUCUCGAUAGGUUUUGUUGGAUGUAGGCCAAAGGAAUUAUGCCUAAGUUUAUCGAGAUUAUAUUGUUUUGUCGAUGAUUCAAACACCGUCAUAGCUGUGCUCCGUAAAAUAACUGAGAUAAACGAUGAAAUAUUGGCCAGUUCGGAAAUGGAUAAUUUAUUAACGGGGUUUGUAUUAGACACAGGUGAUAAAGUGAUUUUUUAUGUGGAAGGAAGGCGGCAUGGUCCUAUUUUACAAAUCUGGCACAUGGCCGAAGAUUUUUAUUCUACUAUGAAGACCCUGUUUUCCUCUUCGUAUACUUAUGCAACACGGUUGUAUCCAAAUAUGCUACUAUCACCUAUGCCAUUCACCAUAUUAAAAAUGUAUGCGCCUUUAUCAAUAUUACUGGCAUGUCCUCCAGUUUAUGUGCAUCCUACUUUACCAUUACCGGCUCGAUCCGCAUUGCUGAAGUUUGGUCGUUUACUAGCGAAUAAAUUGCGUUCGACACCAUGCCGUAAUGAGAUGCCGUCUCCCGAUGAAUUAUCUAGUUUUAGAUGCGAGCUGUGUUCUCCACCGCGGCCCGGGUGCGCCUUCCGAGAUGAUAUUAAUUUGGUACCGAAUGCAUCACAAUCUCGAAGUGCCAUACUUGAAAAUAUUUUUAAAAAGGGGCCCAGUAAAAAUUGUGAAAAAUAA